CAUUCUCGCAAUAGGAGGAGCUGAGGCGGCUGGUUGCUCCCCUUUUGCUCCGGCUGCAAUCUCAUCUCGAUCUCCGACCCUGAUCGUCCCCAACCUCCCCCCUCCCCACACAAAUCCAUCCACAUACCCAAGGCGGAGAGGAGAGCCAACCGAUCUAGGAUCCAUCCACACACCGGAGAGGAAGAGCUUGACGGCUCUCGAUCUGGAAUCCAUGGACAGCGAGCUGGCUGAUUUUGCUGCUUCUUACCUCGGCGAGGAGGAAGCCGUCAAGAAGCCUGACAGCAGUCCAUCCGCAGGAGAGCGGAAGGUAUUGAUUUUACGCAGGCCCACAAUCACACAGGAUCCCCCGUUCCUGAAUCCCCCUGCUUAUGGCUACCCGGACGGCGGUGGCGACCAGCCAAGCUUCGUCCUCAUCGAGCCACACGCCUACUUUGCCGACCGCCUCAACGCCACCACCGCCGACUGCGGCUUGGAGGGUCUCGGUCUCCGGGGGAAAAUCAAGGUCACCUUCUGCACCGCCCAACCGCCGCAAGUCUCCUACCUCUGCGUCCAUGCCACCGACUACGACCACACCGUGUUCGCCUACCCGCCUCACAUAGUCGCCACAGAGACUGAGGGCGGCCUCGUCCUUCUAUCCGUAGUAGUGGGUGGCCGCCCAUCCUAUGCCUCGCUUCGCCUCAAACAACACUACUUUGUCUACAACGCAAGCGUCCCUGAGCUCAAGCACAUCAAGCAGCCGGGCGACGACCACCCAGUCAACGAUCACUCCUUUGCCAUUGUGAGCAAUGGCAAACCUGACUGCACCUUCGUCCUUGCCGCACAAGCUGAUAGGUUUGGGCAUGGCAAUCCUUCUCACCUCUGCCUGUAUCAAUCUGGUACCAACUCCUGGAGCAAAGUGCUGGUGAAUGUCGAUUCAGUCCCCUACCAGCUCACCACAUACAAGGCAAUCACCAUAAAAGGAGAUUUAGGCCUAGUAGCCUGGGUCGAUCUCUCACAUAUGAUCACCUUCUGCAACGUGCUGGACAAAAGCCCCAAGCUCCGUUUCUUAAGACUACCGACCGAGCCGCAGUAUGCAAUUGGAUCGCCGGCUGUUCGGGAUGUUUCCCUCCUUAAUGGCUCCAUCAGGUUUGUUGAGCUGCUGCACCACGACCAUGGUUGGAAGGCCACAAUAUGGAGCAUCAAGACUGGUGUCUUCUCCAAAAAGGCUUGGCACAUCCAUCAUGAGCUUGAGCUUGAUUCCUCUGAUAUACCUGAACCAUCGCUGCCUAAGCUGAACGUCCAUGAAGGUGUCACAGCUCAGCCAACCUUGUCGACUCUCGACAUUGGCCUGCCCAAGCUGAGUCUCCAAGAUGAUUGCAUUCUUUACCUCCUAGCCAAGAUUGACUAUCGUGACAAGGAACACACAGCAUGGGUGCUUGCUGUUGACAUGAAGAACAAGACUGUCCAGAGAGUGGCCGAGUUUAGCCCCAAAAGGUCUAUCGCCUUGUCCACCGGCUACGAUUCAAGUAGGAUCUCCAAAUAUCUCAAAGUUGGUCCAGGUAAAGGCGUGAAUAGGGAAAUGACCUGUGAUCCCCCCUUGCAAGAAGAUGAGCUGGGACCGGAGAGGAUGUCAUUCUGAUAGUGGAAGGAGUUUACAUGUGAGAUGAACUGGACUAUAUGAUCUGAGAAUAAUGCCUAUGUGUCGAUGGAGGGGGUAGUGGAUUAUGGAUGAUCAUCUCUCUGGACUGUCUUUCAUUUGUCUGUUAAUUUUAGGAUUAUGAAUACUCUCAAGGAUUCCUCACCUUGUUUUAUUAUAUGUAUCCAUCUUGUCUCACCACCUAUUCUUAUCGCUUAUCUGCAAUAAGAACUUUCCAUGAACUAGUAUAUUAUGUCAGAUGUACUGCCCUCUGUAUUGACUGCAUGCUGCUUUCUUUUGUUGGCAUCAUAACUUCUUUGA